UUCUCUGUUAUUGUGGAUUACUGUGCUUCAAUUUGAUUUGCUAAUAAAUUUUUGAAUUGUUAAUUUUGAAAUGUUUAAUUUUUAGUCAUUAGCUGCAAAUUCAUAUGUCUGCACAUGCAUUACCGUACGGCACGCACUUUGAUGAUGUUAUGGUUAUCAUAGGCUUCGGAAAGGGGCAUUUACGACUUUUGUGCACUUGUGGGCUGCUGCUCAUGUUCACAAUUACCGAAACAAUGGGCAUGGCCAUUAUAGCACCAAAGAGCGCGUGCGAAUUCGCUAGUUCGGAACAAGCAAAAGCGGCUAUACAGGCGGCAGCAUAUAUCGGCAUGAUUCUCUCAUCCUACAUGUGGGGUUAUUUCUGCGACAAAAUCGGAAGGCGAACGGUGCUUUUGCGCAGUACGGCAAUGGCCAUCGUUUGCUCGUUUUCAUCCAUGUUAAUCACAAAUUUUUGGAUUUUUCUCACUCUCCGCUUUAUGACUGGCAUUUGUGUGGCUGGCCCUGGUUUCGCGGCACUUACAUAUCUCGGGGAAUUUUGUACACCGAAAAAUCGCGCUUCUAUCAUUAACUAUAUGUGCAUGUUUAACGGCAUCGCUAUGGUCUAUUGUCCAGGACUUUCCCAGCUAAUGGUGAAUUGGAAACUGUAUAUACCCAUAAUCGGUAAUUUGAUAAUACGCCCUUGGCGCAUACUUGGAUUGCUAUUCUCAGUUCCUGGAUGGAUUAGUUUCUUAUUACUAUUGCGACUACCAGAAAGUCCGAAAUUUCUGCUGUUGGUAAAUAAAAACGAAGAAUGCUCAGAAGUGUUAAAUUGGCUGUGUCUUCUUAACAAUGGAAAGACUUUAGAGGACUUUGGAAUUACUAAUAUGAGAGCAUUAUUAAAUUCUGGAGUGACCCCAGCACCAAAUGUGUUUCGAGCAAUGGCCCAGGAGGUUGUACCUUUAUUCCGACAUCCUUAUAUAAAAAGAUUCUUGAUCAGCUGCGUUGUUAUGUUCGGUUUGUUGCUUGUUGCCAAUGGGGUUGCAAUCUGGUUCACAGACAUAAGGAAUCAUACUCUCACAUUGGAACAAGAGAAUAAAAAUAAGAGCCACGAAAUGGAAUUUUCAAUUUGUGAGGCGAUACGCCAUAAUAAGAAAUUGGCCAAGGAGACAAUGUUGGUCGUUUCGAGAAAGCCCAUAUUUUGCAUAUCACUGACAAUAUCUGGAAUCUGCGGCAUUUGCCUCCCAUUUGUGACCAGUUCGCCUUUAAUACCUCUUACCUUUAUCCUCUAUCUUUCGAUACCGGCAGUAAUGACUAAUUUAAUGAACAGCGCGGUACUGGAAUUCAUACCUACUUACGUAAGAGGUAAAGCGGUUUGCAUUUGCUUGAUAUUUGGUCGCUUUGGCGCCGUUUUUGGUACAACAAUUAUGGCUCAAUUGAUUGAGAGUUUUUGUUUCGAAGCCUUCAUGCUGUUCUCGUGUUUUCCAUUCGUUUGUGCGAUAUGCGGAUACUUUUUGCCUUUGGAUGAACAUUUCUUUUAAAACUAUAUGAACAUAAAUAGUUGACAAUGCUGUAUUGCAAGCAAAAUAAAUAUUAUUCAAAUGGGAAUUGAAACUUUUGACUCAAACUAACAAUUGUCACCGAAGACCUGUUAAAUUUGUAUGUGUAGUUAUGGUAUUUAAGUAGUCAAGCUUGGUUUUCUUGAUUGCAGUUCAAAUUUUGUGUUACUCAUACGCCCCUCAUAACCCUACCCAUUUGAUGCUGAAUAAAACUGAGUAUUAUAACUAUUUA